AUGAAGUUAUCGACACUAUUACCACAAUUGAUCCUUAAUUAUAUGUGUUGUAUGGUGUUUGGUGUUCAUCAUAAUAGUAAUCAUAAUAAUCGCGCGGUUUUAGAUCAUAACAAACAGGUGUAUGUCAAACACCGAAGUAAUCUAUGGUAUAUUGAAGACUAUGACGAUGGGAACAGUAGGACAAAACACAGGAGCCGAGUGAAGAAACAUCAACCGGUUUUUCAUAACUAUCAACGAUAUCGACCCGAACUUAACGACACAUUUGUGCCGCAAAUAUUUGCUAACCGAGAGGGCGCCCACCAGCCAUCACUACCGCCUUAUUAUCUGAGCUACGAUUCCGGACAAAAACAUAGAUACGAACCAAUUGAAGACAAACUCUUUGUUAAGCAACAAAUGAAUAGUAAUUUUCAAUCGAUAUCAGAUCUGACAUCAAGGGAACAACACUUUAAUCAAUACAAUAACAUAGACCUGAAUUCAGUGUCCAAAUCAUCGCCAGUUGAGAGCCAAAUAGGUGUGACCGACGACAGCGUUGUUGAUAUGAAGAAUGGGCUGAAACAGACACAGACAUCGACACCGAUACCGAAACCUCAAACGAUUAGCAUAUAUAGCAACGAAAUCAAUGUCGAUCAAUACAAUUAUUAUCAUUAUAACAAUGGACGCCGAGUGGGACCUAAAGGAAUGGGAGGUACUUUCGGUUUCAUAGAACACAACCAUUUCUAUGAGUGCGAUAAACCCAGUCAUCUCGAGCCGGAUCCCAGCAAUUCUGAUAUUUAUAGAAUACCACAAUAUAUUGACUAUUAUUAUAAGUGUAUGUACUUUGAUGACGACCCGAGAACCGAUAAGAGUCGACCGGUUGGUUCGUUAGGUAUGGACGGCUAUUUCGGGUACUAUGAAAAUGGCAAGUAUUUUCAAUGUUUACCGCCGACCAAAUUGUUGCCCGACAAGGAUAACCCGGGUCUCUAUUAUAUACCUAUCAAUAUUUAUUACGAUAAAAGGUGUCUGUAUUUUGGUUUUAAUGUUAGCCAAACUUUUGACUACAAUAAGGGUCAUAAUGGGGUUUAUGCUUCAAAAAUAAAUUUGGAUUUAAGUAAUCUCAUUGUUACAAUACUGCCAAUAUAUAUUUAUGGAUUUAAUUAG